UUCUCUUAUAAAACGGAUUCGCAUAAAAAACUGAAACCCACAGAAAACGUGUAAAAGCACACACUUCUCACCAAAAUCUGAUAAUCAAAAUUCAAUCGCUUUAAAAUUUUGAAAUUGAAAUUUUUUUUCAGUAUGCAUAAUUUGAAUAUUUGUUGAUGAAAUGCCACAGAAAUAACUGAGACCGACAAUUUUGUAUACAUAUAUAGACACAGAUAGUUGUCGAUUGUGACGUCACAUGAUGUCGUCGACGACGGCGGUAACGGCAGCGAUCGACAGGGUUCCGGUUGAGAUUUGUAAGGGAAUCAAUGGCCUCGAGAAGGUCGUCCUUCGAGAAGCCCGCGGCAGCUCCGCCGAGGUUUAUCUUUUUGGGGGUCACGUGACAUCAUGGAAAAAUGAUCAUGGGGAGGAGUUGCUUUUCGUCAGUAAUAAGGCCAUUUUCAAACCUCCAAAGCCAAUUCGUGGAGGGAUUCCUAUAUGCUUUCCACAAUUCUCCAAUCAUGGCUCUCUUGAGCAGCAUGGAUUUGCUAGAAACAGGUUUUGGAGCAUUGACACCAAUCCCCCUCCAUUUCCAACCAACUCCCCCACUAAGACGUUUGUUGACUUGAUCCUCAAGUCCACUGAAGAGGACAUGAAAAUCUGGCCUCAUAGUUUUGAGUUCCGCUUACGGGUAACUUUGGGACCUUCUGGAGAUCUUAUGUUGACGUCUCGUAUCAGGAAUAACAACACUGAUGGAAAGCCUUUUAUAUUUACAUUUGCAUAUCAUACCUAUUUCUCUGUUUCAGAUAUCAGUGAAGUUCGAGUCGAAGGAUUGGAAACUUUGGAUUAUCUUGAUAAUCUGCAGAACAAGCAGCGUUUUACUGAACAAGGGGAUGCAAUUACUUUUGAAUCAGAAGUGGACAAAAUAUACCUCAGCACACCCACAAAGAUUGCGAUCCUGGAUCAUGAAAAGAAACGGACAUUUGUGAUCCGUAAAGAUGGGCUUCCUGAUGCAGUUGUAUGGAAUCCUUGGGAUAAGAAGGCAAAGGCAAUGGCUGAUUUUGGAGAUGAUGAAUACAAGCACAUGCUUUGUGUUGAGGCUGCUGCAGUGGAAAAACCUAUCACUUUGAAGCCCGGUGAGGAGUGGAGAGGAAGGCAGGAACUUUCUGCUGUGCCUUCAAGUUACUGCAGUGGGCAGCUUGAUCCUCAGAGAGUCCUCCUUGGCAGCUGAAAAUCCGAUAUGCCCAUUAUAUCAUGUACAGGUGUCAUACUGCAAAUAUGCGGCUACAGUGCGAUGGCAACCUCUGUUCAAGACCCUUUUUUACUGUCUUGUCCUCAAUACAUUUUCUUUACUUGGAUGGAAAGGGGACCCUUUAGUAGAACUUUCAAAUGCUUUAUUGCUUAAUCAAUGACUUUUUUGGUGGGCAUGUGAAAGUGUAAUCAAGAUUCAAGACGCUGUGUAUAAGAUUGAGGAUUUCUGCUACUGUGGUAUAACUCUUCUGAUGCGAUUAUUACCUGUUAUUGAAAUAUUAUUUCAUGGAUUGGUUGAGCUUUA